GAUAUUGAAGAUCUUCCUGAAGAAGACAGGAAGAGAUGCUCAGGUCAGGGAGGGAAUGAGACCCCUGGGGAAGGGACUCCUCCCAGCUGAGGAGUUGAUUAGAAGCAAUCUUGGAGUUGGCAGGAGCCUUAGAGACUGCCUGAGCCAGUCCAGGAAGCUGGCUGAGGAGCUUGGGAGCAAGAGACUAAAACCAGCCAAGUUUGGGACAGAAGGGAAGGAAAGGGUUGAGCAGCGAACAGAGAGACAAAGAACAGGCAGUUCCAAAGAGCCAAGAAUGCAAAUCAUUUGCAGACGCCGCCGGCGAGAGCCUCCACCAAGGCUGCUGUGGGGGUGCCUGACGCCAUGGGCACAGCCACUUCGACACGUCACGGCAUAUGAGAAUACAGGCCACUGGGAGAGACUCGCAUCUGUGGUUUCUUCAAAAACACAGCAGCCCACAGUGAUCUCUCAUUCUUCCAUUUCUAUCACAUUCAGUCAUUACCCUCCAGCCACACUGGACUCCUUUCUUGUCCUGGAACCUAUCAAACUCUUUCCUGUCUCAAGCCUCCGCAGUCCUCUCUGCUUGAACUGUGGCUCCUGCAGAGAAAGCAUCAGAAUCUCCGGGGAACUGAUUGGAAAUGCACAUUCUCCAGCCCCGCCCAGAACUCCUGAAUUAGAAACCCUGGGGUGGGACAAGCAAGCCGUGCUUUCUGGGGCACAGGUGAUUCUGGUGUGUGCUGAAGUUUAAGAACCACUGGCCGAGAACAUUCUUAGGUCUGCUCUUCCUUUGCCCGGCCCCUCCCUCGCGGAGGAAUUCCUUCUUAUUCCUCUCUGAAGAGUGGCUGCUGCCAAAAAACGUUUGUGAGAUGGCGUGGGUUUUCUUUGUUGAUUUAUCAUUUAGUUUGGAAGAAAUCAGAAGUCUCUUUAAGAAGCCAAUUUGAAACGUUCACCCCAUGGGAACAGUUGUGGAUGAAGUCAGAAGAUCUGGAGGCAGCGCAGUAACACACGUAGGUUUUCUGGCCAUAUGGACAUUUCAGAGAAAACAACGCACAGACGCCUGGAGCAGGUGAACUGGCUUAAGUAGAGAGAAACUAAGUCAUUUGGGGAUAUUUAGCACCUAAUGUCAAGGCAGAAAUGUCUAAGAUGUAAUUAACAGUUAUAUUCUAAUCUCAAUAGUAGCUAAGUACAGACUUAAACAUAAGCCUGUAUAUAACAAAAUAACCCCAGGAGAACCAAAGAAAAUCUAGAAAGUUGCUGCUAAAAACAGUUACGUUAGUGAUACCUAGGAAAGUUUUUUUCUUUUAACAUGUCAUUGUGGUUUACAAAUGAAAAUUGAGGCCGGGCGUGGUGGCUCACGCCUGUAAUCCCAGCACUUUUGGAGGCCAAGGUGGGCGAAUCACAAGGUCAGGAGUUCAAGACCAGUCUGGCCAACAUGGUGAAACCCCAUCUCUACUAAAAAUACAAAAAAUUAGCUGGGCGUGGUGGUGGGCGCCUGUAAUCUCAGCUACUAGGGAGGCUGAGGAAGGAGAAUCACUUGAACCUGGGAGGCGGAGGUUGCAGUGAGCCAAGAUCAUGCCACCGCACUCCAGCCUGGGCAACAGUGUGAGACUCCAUCUCAAAACAAACAAACAAACAAAUGAAACUUGAAACUUCGCCCGUUUAUGGCUAUUGCCUAAAGAAUUUGUAAAUGCCUGGGUCAUUGCAAGCAUAUUGCUGACAUGUCUCUCAGUCUGCGUUACCCUGGUGGACAUCACCACACUCACCUGACAGGCAGCAGCUUCCUUCCAGUAAAAGCAAAGAAUCUGAAAGGAAUGGAAAAGGCUCCACACAGUGCCAUUUUACAGAAGGAAAUGCAACAAGGUCACAGACCAGAAGGACAGCAGCCCAGGCCGGCUGGGCAUGGAGGAAGUCCCAGGAUGCUGCUGGGCAUGAACAGACCUCCUCAUACAGCGUGCCUCUGAAGAAAUAAUGCAAUUGUGUGGGGCCAGAGGAGCCACAAAUAGAACAAAGGGAGGAAAGGAAAAAUCAAUAUGCAGUAAAGAGGAGGAAGGGAGCCCAGCGCGAUGUCUGAAUCUCGCUGGCGAGAAAAGGAAACAGGUGGUCUAAGCAGGCAACCCUUCACCCCACAUUGUAAUGCUGGGGCAUGGACGUAUUCCAUAGAUCGCUCACUGAGAAGUCUUCACAAGAACACUCCAAGGCAGACACUACUAUCCAUCUUCCACACACCGGGGGAUUGAGAAUCAGAAGGAUUAUACAGCGUGUUCAAAUUAUAUAUAAAAGCCCUGAGAUUUGAGCCCAGGGUCCCAAGCUCUUUCUAAGCCACCAUAGCUGCCUGGUCUAUAAGGCAACUCCCCGAAUAUGAGCUGCAGCGAACUUGGGGGCAGAUAGGACCACUUUACCUGUGUUAUGGAGUUGGCUUCCCCAGGAUGAUCCACCUGGGAAACAGCCUCUGGGGAAACCUGACUCCUUCCCCUCCCUGCCCUGCACAAACUGAUGUUAUCUCUGCAAGCAGUCAGAGGGAGAGCUGCAAGUGGCCUUCACCGGGGCCUCGGGAAAGGGACACCUUUCUCCUUAGCUCCCUGU